GGGCGCCGCGAGGCGAGGCUGGAGCGGGACCGGAGUUGGCUUCGGUACCCGCCGGGGGAGGGAAGGAGAAGGGAGUGGGCCGCCCGGGACGUCGCAGCCCAGCGCCGGCACCGGGUCCCGGGCUUGUCAUCGUGGACGCGCCUGAUCCGAGUGUGGCUCCGAAACCUCUGUGACCGGGAGGGUCCUUUCCUCCCUUCCUCCGCUUCCUCCCUCCCUCUCUUUCCCCGCUACUCAGGGUCCCUUCCUCCUUGCAGAGAGUUCUCUUGUGUUCCUUGGGAUUCCCAGGCGUGCGCUUGCUUGGCUGUGCAGACGGGAGAUUCGCCCUGAAUUGGGGUGAACCCCUUCCCGGCAGAGCCGCCUGGACGCCUCUGCGGGCGCUGCAAAGCUGUGUGCUGUCAUUUUGAGGGCAGCUCCAACCUAUUGUGUACGUGACAGUAUUUUGAAGUUAUGAAGGAGCAACAGUCACGAAAAAGGCAUCUUCCUUCCUUCUUGUUGUGUGUGACAAGCUCUCAAACGGAUGAAUGAAAGUGUGUAAUUUGCACAUCUUUUCGAAGGUUGAUGCCGCCUGAUGUAUGGAAAGAGGGAGUAAAAUGCUUUUAUGAAAUGGCUGAGGUUUUGAUUUAACAAUGCUGAUGCACGUAUUUAAUAGAUCCGACCUUGUGAACACACACCUUUGACUAAUUGACAGUAUUUAUUGAGCGCUUACCAUCUUAAAUGCUUUAUGGUGAUUUCUUUCAUUUAUUUAUUUUUUUUUAACAACCCUGUGAGGUAGGUGCUAUUUUAACUCCCAUUUUACAGAUGAGGAGACUUAAAGUCGGGAGAACUUCAGCAGCGUGUCCGGGAUUCACCACAGUACAGCGGCAGAGCCUGCAUUUUGACCCAAGCAGUUUGACCCCAGAAUCCACUUUUUUAAAUGUCUGCGUUAUUCUGCGUUCGAGAGCUAACUUUUAGAAGAUGACUUAAGAUGCCCGGUGUUGCCUUUCAGCACACUUAUGUUGGGAAGUUUAUUCAUGUACCUAUACCAGUUUUAUCCAGCAAAUUUUUAAAUCGAGUAUCCACUUUCAAUGGUGACAUGCUGCUACCGCUUUUUGGCCAGAAUGUCUUGCAGAAGCAGUUUAUUAUUAAACAAGUUCAGAACCAGUAUUAAUAGACCUUUUAAGAGUUUGAAGUGAAACUUCCGAGUAAAUUUUGGAUUAAGUUUUGUGUUCUAGAGUUUGCUUUUCUUGAAUUCCGUUCAUUUAAAAACAUAGCUCCUCGCUGCAGUUUUGUGAGUAUUACAUACCCGUAUUUUGUGUUCGUGAAGUGUGUGUGGGUGUGGUGUUAUUUGGAAGGUAAAUCGUGAGGACUUUAAACUGCCCUAGUUAAAUUCUCCUGUUUCCUUUAGGCCGACCGAAUCCUUAUAAUUUGAGUAGGGAAUCCCAUUCAGUUCAGCACUUUGAGUACUACUGAUGUCGUGUCCCUUCUCAGAAUGGUAGAAUUACUUCAGACCCAGGGUAUGGAAUUUCUUCUCUUCCCUGCAAGUAACCCAGACUCGACUAAGGGAACAAAGCCUGGAGAGAAAAGGGCAUGUGUGUUACCAGUGUCUUUACUUUGGCAGCCCUUGUCAAGGACAUUUAAAGCCAUUUUAAUGUUGGUGGAGAUAGUGGGGUUACACUGUCACUGUUUCCUGUGCUCUCUGCCCAGUUGCCCACCGCCAUUUCCUCCAUCCACAAGUUUAAUUGAGUGUAUUUUGAACAAAAAAAUUGUGGCUAUAUUUAGGGCCUGGCCAUAUUAGGGAAAUUGAUUUCCACUUUGUGGGAACAUUUUCAGUAUAGUGUUCUGAUGUCCCAUUGGUGUAUAAUGAAGAACACAAAAGUAUGCCAAAGACUUUUUUUUUUUUCUUGACCUCGUUAGGAUUUUCUACAAGUUUUUGAGGUACAGUUUUGAGAUAGGUAGGGAGAAUUGGAGCUCUCAGCUGAACGUUUCACUUGAUGAGGCCCUUUAGCAGUGUCCCUGCCAGGGGUCAUCAUGGAAAAAGAAGUGAACUAGCAGAUGUCUGUACAGACUCAGGAAGGUGGGGACAAAUCAACCAGCGCACAUCAGAUCAACAAAGGACACCCAAGCAAGUCUUUCCUCCUGCUCUCUCCACCUAGUGUAACUCUGAGAUGCAGUAUAGCCCUCCUGGGAAAAGUCUCCUAGAAAAUUUCCUUUUCUUGCCUUGUGCUUCAUUUUAUUCACAUUUUACGAAAUAGGAGCUGGCAUGUGCUUUUUGGGGAAGUGGGUGCCUUCCUUAUACAGGGGAUUAGCUGCCCUUAGGAAUCCACUUUAUAUAUGAAUAGAUUUUGAGAAGUUAAGCUAAAACCCUCAGGUUAAAAAUCUAGUAUUCCUAACAUGAAUUUAUUUUUCAGGGCAUUUAAAUACAGUAUGUAACUUGUAAAUCUUGAGGAUGAAAUUCUGCUGAGGAAUCCGGUAGACUUUUGGGGCAGUUUUGUAGCUUUUAUUACAUAUUUUGGAGAAAAGCCUAAGUAAAAUUAAGAUCCAACUGUAUUUAUUAAUUAAUUUGUUGUUGUUUGUUUUAGAGUUUGUGGAAGCCUUUUUUUUUAAUUUUAAUUUUAAUUUUUGAGAAAGAGAGAGAGCGUGAGCAGGGGAGGGGCAGAGAGAGAGGGAAACACAGAAUUUGAAGCAGGCUCCAGGCGCUGAGCUGUCAGCACAGAGGCCGACAAGGACUCAAACUCGUGAACCGCGAGAUCAUAACCUGAGCUGAAAUCGGAAGCUUAACCAACUGAGCCACCCAGGCGCCCCAGUGGAAGCCUUUUUAUAUCUUUUCUCUUUCUGUCAUGGACUUUCACUAGUUAUUUUAAACUUUUCUCCAAUUCUCUGAAGCUCUGCCUUUUGUCAAGUUUGCCCUUCAUGUUACUCUGUUUACUCUUGUGCACUUCCUAGUCACUUCCCUGGGUUUCUUACUGUUCUCUCACCCCUUGGUUUUCACUCACUAUAGUUGAUGAAAGAGGAAAUUUUCUGUCCAAUCUAAGUAGCUAAUAUCAUAGGUCGUUUUCAGAUCUUCAUGUUUUCUGGCAUUCCAUCUAAAAAGGGAAUCAUCACAGUCAAGGUUCCUUCUUAAAUGCAUUUUAUUUGGGAUCUCAACAAAAGCCCUUUCAUAGCUUUGAGGAAAGAGACUUCUAGGAAAACAAAAGAAAUCAAAAGAGAUUGAAUUUCCAUGUUUGGGAGAAGUAGUUAGGAACAAUAUAUGAUUAUGGUAUCUGUGAAGUGUAAGCUCUAUUUAAAGUUAUAAAGUUCCAUUAUGGUCUUGAAAUUUGAGAGUAUCCUCUAUUUGCUGGUCUUCAGAAAGCUUUCACUUUGAAUUAGUUGGUACAUAAAUAUUUAUUUGAACAACUCUUUGUUCUAGAAAGUUAAAGUAGAACAAAAAGAGGUGAUGUGUCUAGAGGUUCAAGUCAGGAAUAAAAUUGGGUUCCUGGUCACCUUGGAUUUGAGAUCAGCAUGUUCAUAUAGGAAAUUUUAAAAGCCAAGGUAUGCCUGUAUGCCCAUUGACUUGCAUAUCUGGUUCAGGUUGGAGGUUUUAUUUUAAAGUUUGUGUUGUUUUUGUUUUUUUUUUCAAUGUCUCUGUUAAAUUAGUAGACCAGUCUUCACCUAAAAUAUAUAUGCAACAGAGAGGUGAAAAGCUCAUAGGUUGUCAAAUAUUUUAUUUUGGACCCGUUAGAUGAAGUGAGUAAGCUUAUAUAUCACCUGGGACAUGAGGAAUGAGUGGAGGCAUUUCAGCUGUUUGGUAGCUAGCUAUAAAAUGCUAGAAGUAGACUCCAUUUUUUCUCCCCUCCAGUCCUGAAUAUCUAAGGCCAAAUGGCCUAGUUAGUACUAAUCCAUAUUGUUCUGUUAGAACAAAUUUAAGUAAUCUGUUACAGGGUUAGUAUAAGUAUAAUUUAAUCCACUUAUCAUUAUCAAAUAACAUCUGAUGCCCAUGUGCUUGUGGCUUUGGCUCCACCUGUACAAAUCAAGGUAGGACACUCAUGACACAGGACACAGAUUAUUUGCCAAGAGAAAUAAACAGCAAAGUACACAUUGGACACUAUAACAAGAAGAUCAUUGAAACACUGAUAAAGAGUAAAUCUUUACGUUAAGUAAGGCAUUAAGAACUCACUGUUCUCAUGUUUCGUGUGACUGAGGGUAGGAGUAUAAAUUAGUCUUCUCUUGGACAGAGGGAAAUUACACAGAAGGGCUUCCUCCCCGCCCACUGCCAGCUCCCAGGAUAUAUGCAUUUCUAAUGAGAUUUUUCUGAAGUAGGGAGAAUAUUCUGGAGAAAACUCAGUGUAGUUCCACUGCACUCAUUUUUAAUGCCUAUAACCUAAGACAUGUGACACACAUGGGACAAAUAGCACUUUUGAUUUCUUUUUUUUCUACUUUCUAAAAGUCUUCCUGGAAGUUUCCUUGCCUGCUAUUUUGGAUUUAUUGGCAUACUCUUUACAUCCUAUCUCCUUGUCCUGAAACAUGCCGUACACCGUUGGGGGCUGUUAGAGAUUUUUGGCAGAGGUAAAGAAGGGACUGUUCCAGCUAAUGCAGUGGGCUCUGUUAAAAGCACUUGGAAGACAAAUGGAGGAGAUCAUUGAUUUAGUCUUGCCUCAGUCACCAUGUCGACAUGGGCCUGAACAAGUCUCUUGAUUUCUCUGGUUCUCAGUUUUAUCAUUUGUAAAGUCACAGCACCAGUCCUAUGUCAUAGGAUUACAUAGGUGGUACAGAGGUAAUAUAAUGAGUUUGAAAAUCUUUUUCAAAAUAAUCAAAUGUGGUGCAAACUGAUUUUAAGUAUUACCAAGGAGCCUUUUAAGUCAUGGAGUUGAGUAUUAUUCACAUUCAGGCUUUUAUUAAAAUUAAACCAUUUUUCAGAGACUUGAGAUAGAACUGAAGUGACGUUUUUAUUUACUUUUUUUUUUUUUUUUACCUUGACAUUGUUAGUGGUGACAUAGAAACCCAAGUUUCAGAGGAGUGUUAAAGACACACAGCAGGCUGUAACUCAGACCUGGAUAGAGGUGACUGAGAGUUCAGGAAUAUUUUUAGGAGUAUGGUGUAUUUGUUUUUCAGAAUUAUAUGCUAUUUUUCUUAUCAAGAAAAAAAUCUUAUUUAGCUGAAGGGGGAAUAUUGUUAGGCAGAAUGAUACCGUUGCACAAUGGAUGAUACUCUGCAGCAGCCAAAUCAUUGUUUUGUGUGUGUGUGUGUGUGUGUGUGUGCAUGCAUGUGUGUGUACACAUAUACAUGCACACGUAUACGUAUAUGUAUACACGCAGAAAGGAGUUCUCAGUAUAAAAAGCAAAAGCAAGAUACAAACUUACAGGGAUAGUUUUUAAAAAUAGGAAUGUGAUUGAUGCUGCAUGUAGGGAAGAGAGCAGCCCUGCACACCAGCCGGUGGCUGCCAAAAGGGGUGGCUGAAAAUUUAACUUUACUCUUCUGUGUAGGAUUUUUUGUUGGAUUUUGCUCUGAUGAAUUUGUGUGGCUUUUGUGGUUUCAAUUAUUUUAAAUGUUGAAUGCCUUUGAGUAUUUUACACUGUGAGGUGGAGGUGUGUGGGGAGGGUAAGGAUAAUAUUUGUGGAGAAGCCUGAUUUGAAUAAAAACUCUUUGUAGAAGUUUUCCUCUUCAUUAAAAUAACUGGUAGUUCCUGUUAUUAAAAGUAAUAUGCAGUGAAUUUUAAUGUGCUUAAAACCUCAGUCCAUUACAAGCCUCAGGAGGCCAAUUUAAUUGUUGGUAUUGAUAACUGUAGGCAGUAUACAUGUGCAAAAUUUUUACUAGUUGGGCAGGGUCACUGCUUCCCCCACGCUUCAGAGCCCACUGUAAUCUUCAUCAGAACGGAGGUUAGGAACUGCCUGCAGGUCUUCAGUUGGUGACUGAGAGAGAGCUCUAAUUAAGAUUUAUUUGAAACGUGUUUAGAAAAAAGUGUCACAACCUUCUAGAUGUGGGAGAACUUGGAGAAGUUAAGGGGCUGGGAUCAGAUAUCUUUAAAGCUAAGAUAUGUAUUAUAAUUUUAAGUUCUGAAAUGUGAAUUGGUCAUGUUACACAUUGUCAUUUGGCUUAGUACAUGGUAUUGAAAGAUGGGCCAGGCAUGUGGUGUUGUAAUGCAAAGAGUAUAGAUCUAAAGAGAGCGUUGAUUUUUGUCAUUGUGGCUUAAGGUUGUGUUUCUCGUGGCUUACUUGUGAGGUCAGUGUAAGGAAGCCACUUUGCUGUUUUGUUUCCUUGGCAAAGGAAGUUGUAAAAGAUUGUCUUUGCGCUCAUGAAAUGCUUUGGCUGUCUGUGUGAACUCCUGGUGGGUGAAUCUGAUUUGGAAACUGGCACUGUGCUGAUUUCUCCAGCCACUGUUUUUCUUGGUGUGGGCGAAAAGGAACAAAUGUUUUAUCCUGAUUGUACGAGUCCCUUGCCUAGUGUGAAUUGUUAGGACUGCACUAUGAGGUCAUGUCCUUGGCUGUAAAAGUAGUAUGUCUUUCCCUUUUGCUGAAAUAUUUGGUGAGUUCCUACUUACCAAGUAUUCUUUAUCUCAGGUUUGUGAAAAAUGAUUAUUAUGUAAAAGAGGAAAAACAGGAUGGACUUUUCCAGCUAACUGGGCAUGUAAUAGUGAUUUCCCUCAACUCCACCCCGUCUGUAAAUGGAACAUCCAUGACUCACUUCUCAGGGCCACACAGGCACUUUUGUAACCAGUGCUUGAAUGGGAGGGUGGGAUGGGGAUGGAAGGAGAUGGGCUGGCAUCCCACUUGUGUUUAGCCAGAAUCUGUCCAGCUGCCUUUAUAAUGGACUUCUGAAAAGGACAAUGUGCCUUCUCACACACCAUGCUACAUAUUUUUUUUUCUUAUUGCAUUUUCUGUUUGUGCCAAAAUAAUGCAAUACAUUAAAUGCAAUAAAUGCAUUCAUUAAUACUGUAACGUUGUGGGUAAGUGUUGUAUAGCAGAGUGUUCUUUCUGUUACCUAAGAUUUUGGUAUUAGCAUGGAUAAUCUGGAUCCCUGAUUACCAUAUUGCUUUCUCCUUAACUGUAUGCCUUUCAUUUAUAUAUAUUUAGAAUAUUUUUCUAGUUAUUUGUCCCCGUAUUCUUGCUUGUACUCUAGAAUUUGUGCCCAGCAUAGUGUUGUAAAGAGAUAUGUAUACUGCUUAAUAAAGCUGACCUUAUCACCACACCUGACUUUUUUAAGUCAUAAAUGAGGACUUUUCUGUACUUGCUAGAAUACAUUUUUAUUUUUUUUAAUUUUUUUUUUAAUGUUUUACUUAUUCUUGAGAGAGAGAGAGAGAGAGACAGAGCAUGAGCGAGGGAGGGGCAGAGAGAGAGAGAGGGACACAGAAUCCAAAGCAGACUCCAGGCUCUGAGCUGUCAACACAGAGCCCGACAUGGGGCUCGAACUCACGAGCUGUGAAAUUAUGACCUGAGCCGAAGUCAGACACUCAACCGACUGAGCCACCCAGGCGCCCCUAGAAUACAUCUUUAAAUAAGUGAUCACUGGUGUUUGAUUAUUCAGUGAUGUCUAAUUGAAAAUGACAACCAAUUCAUGCAAGGUCCCUAAGUGAAAGUAUGCAUGGGUGCAGUAGAAAUUUAUCUCCAGAAAGCUGAGGGGGACAGAUUGAGAACCUACAUAUCUGGUGGGGACUUCAGUCUAGUUUCCAGCAAGGUUAGUUGCACGUUGGAAGUUAAUGAUUAUGUAGCACAUGUGAACAGCUUAAACUCUGUGUGUUUAUGAUGGAAAUAUUUUUUUCUAAGAAAAUUGAUAGUCCACGUAUUUGAAUACACCCUGGGUUACGUUGUAUAAUAGACAUAAGUAGAAAUUGAACAGGUACAUGAAUUUACUUGACAAUUUAACAUAGCAAGAAAUAAACUUACAAGUGUCUGCUUUUCCUUGAUUUAGGGUACUUGAGACCCUGUAAUACUGAAUGUAAUUCUAAGUGCAGUACUGCCAAGAUUUAAUGGUCAGUUACCGUUGAAUUUUAUUUAUUUGUAGCCUACUCUAACAAAAAAGUAUGUGUGUGUGUGUGUAUUUAAUGUUUUGUCCCUGAAAAUUUCCAGAGAAUAGAUUAACAUUUAAUCUAACAGUUUGACAAACAGAAAAAAAGAAUUGGCUUACAAGUACACAUGUAUCAGUUAAGUUGCUCAAGUGGAUUUUUGCAUUUCAUUGGAUAAAUUAUGCUAACUAAACGUUUCAUUCAGUUGUCAUGGCAACCCUAUUUCUUCACAAGUUGAAGACAAGUUAGAUGUUAACCUGCACGUUCCUGGAGAGAUGAAACAGGUGUUGAUUUAAGAUGUGUUAGGAAGAGGCAACAAAAUCACCAGUCUAAUCUGUUCUGCCUUUUAACACCUUAUAAAUACUUCAUACUGCCAACUCUCUCUCCCUGGUGUAUCCUGAAGAUUGGACAUUUUCUUUUUUCUUACGUUUGAAACCAUUAGGGUUAUAGAAAAAAAAAUUGUGUGUUAUCAGUUACCUCUUAAUUGUCCUUAUUUACCCAAGUCUUUUAUAAAAUAUGAUGGAGAAAUAGUAAUAAGAUCCUGUAAAUUUCCCACUUUAUUUAUUUGUGAUUUUUUUAAAGUUUACUUAUUUUGAGAGAGAGACAGGGAGAGCAAGAGGGAGAGAAUCUUCAUCAGCACAGAGCCUGAUGUGGGGCUCGAACUCCUGAACCAUGAGAUCAUGGCCUGAGCCGAAACCAAGAGUCAGAUGCUUAACUGACUGGGCCACUCAGGUUCCCCUAAAUUUCCCACUUUAAAGCAUAUAUUUGAAGUAAUUGAAUGAAACAAGGAAGUGUACAUGCUAUGGUUAGAGCACCGAUAUGGGAGUUCUUCUAAAUCCUAGCCCUGUCAUUGUGUCUGUAGUGCUUAAUGUAGUGCGAAAUGGUUGCAUUUAAUAAAUAGCUGUUGAAUGAAUGAAUGUAUUUAAGAGUUUUGAAAACUGACAAUCCUUAAAGAUUCUCUGGUAUUCCAGAAUCGGAUCUCUUGAAAUAAUAGUGCUUUUUUUGUAGGGAACUUCUUUCUUUAUGUUUCUGGCAUGCAUUGUGGCAUUGCUUAAAGGAAUCUUAUUUUAUACAAGUCAAUUUCUUUCUUCCCAGUAAUUAUAUGAAAAAUUUUCUGGUGUCAACAUCAUAGGAUAAAUAUUCUAAAGGGAACUGUCUUCUCUUCAAAAAACAAAAAAACAGCAAACACACACACACACACCCAAGUAAACUAAAAAGACACCUAAGUAAUAUGUCUGAGACCCAGUUAUAAAAUCUCGUAGCUGUUGAAAGUAAACUAUUGAAAAAGUAUUAUGUAUUAUGAACCUCUCAAAUUAUUAGCCAUGUUGAUAAAAUGUAAAACUCUGUUCUAUACUUUUUAGAUUUAUUUGAAUUCUUGUGUGGUUUGGUAGAACUGAAAUACAUUAUAUGAUGAACUUCACUCAUUGUUUUUUUCAUGUUUAUGAUAUAGCACACUUAAUUAUAAAAACAAUAUUGGUAUUUUGAACCCUACAGGAACUGUGUGCAUGUUCCAUGAAGUGAGUACUUUAAAGAAAAGGUGGAAUUAUUUCUGCUUUCCAUUUGAGAAGCUAACUUAAAAAUGGGUAGAAAUCUGACAUGUUCUUUAAGAAGCUCUUAACCCAGACUGAUGUAUAAAGAUGACCUAUGCUGUGUGAGGAAGUGAGCUAUGAGUAAACACUUUUCCCAAGCAUAACAGGCAAUGACUAUUUGCUUUAGAAUGGUACACUGAAUAAGUUAGUUGCUAGGGCAGAAGGAGGUCGAAGAGCAGGAACUACUGUCUCUGCCCAAAGGGUGAAGAAGGACCCCUGGUAGCCUCUUGGUUCUUUCUCAGUGUGAGGGUCUCCACAGAAACCCCGUGAAUAUUGCUGCCUGGCCCCUGCUGUGGGAUUCGAUACAUUUCUUAGUGCCGUGUGUUCCUGAAAAUUGUCUAUAAAUUAUGAUUUGACUUUGUUCAAGAUUAUGAAUUUUAAAUGCACCUGAUGAAGAAAAAUGAGACAAUAUAAAACGAUACACAUUGAAGUAUAAACUUCUCACUUCACACCCCUGAUCGCUCUUUCCAGAGGCUACCAUUAUUGUAACAGUUUCUUUUAUAUCCUUUCAGAAAUAUUCAAUGCAAAUAUAAGAAAAAAAAUACUCUCUUUUCGUUCAUGCAAAAUGGUAGUUGCCUGUAUACUGUUCUGCGUUUUGCUGAUGAGUUACCUCCUGUUCCAUUGAAUAAAUGCAUGUAUCAGUACUUUAGUUAGUCCCCAUGGUUCUGUUUUUUUUAAGUUUAUUUAUUUGUUUUGAGAGACAGAAUGAGCAGGUGAGGGGCAGAAAAAGAAGCAGAGAGAGAAUCCCUAGCAGGUUCUGCACUGUCAGCGCAGAGCUGUGGGGCUUGAACUCAAGAACUGUGAGAUCAUGACAUGAGCCUGAACCAAGAGGCAGACACUCCACUGACUGAGCCAUCCAGGCACCCCAAACCCUGUGGUUCUUAAAUCUGGCUGGACAUUAAAGUCAUCUAGAAAGAUGUAAAUGCCCAAACUGCUCUCUCAGAUCCAGAUUCUGAGCUGAAGUCAAACGUUUAAUCAACUGAGCCACCCCGGGGCCCCGGGGCCCCGGGGGAGGGGGGGCUUCCCAUUUUAAUUGUGGCAAGUAAUAGAUAUUAAGUGUAAAAAGCUAAGUGAUAAUAUGAGAAGCAGUGGACUCCUGGGCCAAAUAUCCAGUGUCAGAUUAAGAUGAAAGCAAACAGUAAGGGCUCUUUAAUCUGAGCUGGUUAGGGGAGGCUUUACAGAGGAGAUAAAAUCUGAUGGGAAAACAGUUUCCAAGAGAUGAAGAGGAGGAAGAUGAUUUAUCUUAGAAGUGUUCCUGGAUUAAUGAAUGAACUGUUUGUUUUUUUGUGUGUUUUUUUGUUUUUUUGUUUUGAAAUAAGAAUGCUCCAGUGAGGCAAGAUCCAUUGGGACCAGAUUGUGCAGGGCCUUGAAAGCAUUAUUAAUUUUCAGUGUAAAUUUAAGUAUCCCAAAGAGACGAUGAGGGGUCUUCAAUCUAUACCUUGAAGGUUAUAGAUUGUGUAUACCUUGAAGGUUAUAGAAAGUGUAGGGACUUUGUUAUGGGUCUGCAUUUCUUGUGUUCAAACCUGGCUCCCCCACUUUCAAGGUAUGCCACAUCAUCCUCUCUUGAAAUUUUUUCAACUGUAAAAUGGAUGUAAAAUCGCUUUUCAUGUAAGGUUGUUAUGAGGACUAAAUAUAUGUCAGUUGUGUUACACAGUGCUUGGUACCUAUCAGGCAUUCGAUAAAUGGCAGCUCUCGGAACUCUCAAGAGACUUAAAUAUAAUGUCUCUCCCCCCAGUUUCUCUAGCUACUUCCCUGUAUUAAUCCCAUCUCUUGAGCAUCUCCAGACUGUAGGGAGAUAGCAGGUAGCUUGUCGUCAUCAAAAAGUGGAGUUCCUUCUUUGAAGGCAUUCGGGGAGCCACUACAAUUUUGAGUAAUGGAUUGGUGAAGCGUGUUGCUCAGCACAGGGACCUUAACCUAACUUUUGGUGCUGGGAUCCAAGUUAGUGCAGUUUUACUGUGUAUGAUAUCAGCAAGCAGAACUUAUCUGUAUUUCUUAGUCUUCCCUCUCUCCCCCAGUCCCAGACCUCUCAUCUCCAAAGGGAAAAGCCUUAACACAAGCCAGUAGCAUCAUGCUCCCACCUUUUAUGACUUUCUUCCCAGCCUGUGACAGAACCCAUGCUUGGUAAACCUAUCAGAUAUAGUUAUCUGGGUUUUGCUUUUUGUUUUUUUGUUUUAUUAAAACUUUAGUGGUUUAGAGCAGUUUUAGAUUUAAAUAAAAUUGAGGGGUAGGUACAGAGAUUUCCCAUGCAGCCCCUGCUCUCACGCACGCAUAGCCUCCUUCAUUAUUGUCAUCGGUGUAGUACAUUUGUUGCCAAGGAUGAACCUACACUGACCCAUUAUAUUCACCCAAAGUCUGUAGUUCACUUUAGGGUUCACUGUUGGUAUUUUAGCUUCUGUGAGUUUGGACAAGUGCAUAAUGGCAUGUAUCCAUCCUUAUAAUAUCACACAGAAUAUUUUCACUGCCCUAAAAAUCCUCUGUGCUCAGCUUGUUCAUCUCUCUCUCCAGCCCCAGAUAUCUCUUUUUGUAUCUCAGGACCUCUUUUUUUCUUUUAAGUAGUUUCCUGAUAGUUCUGCUUCUUGUGUUGAUUAAUUUUCCAGUCAUUGGUGAAAAGCCAGUUUUGGCCGUGUCCUAAAAUUCCAGAUUUACACCCAGGAGAGGAGUGUGUGUUUGAAGACUAGCUCAGUUACUCAUGAUAAGUCACAUUUUUUACAAAUGGAAAGGGGGGUGCUGGGAAUGGGAAAAUGAGGAAACAAGAAAAAGGAAAAGCUUUUAAUUGUCCAGUAAUCUUAUGAAGUGCCAAGUACUGCCCCUAAUAAUUUCAUGCAGUACUAGUUUAGAUAAUGUGCCAAGAGAAGUGUGCAACCUCUGCUCGUUCCAAAUAAAGCUAUUAAAAAGCAGCCUAGUUCCAGUAGGCGCAAACUCAGCACUUCAUAAUUUGUUCGUCAUUGUGUCUUCCUUCUUCCAGUCUUCCCUCCUUCAAGUCCAGGGUGUGCUGGACUUUGAUCUUCCACCUGAUUACCGUGCUGUACUGCUCUUUGGAUUAUUCCGAGUAUUGAGUUUUACAGCUUGGACCGUUAAAGUCAAUAUUGUGUUGAACGCAACAGUAGCUAUGUGAGUUCUCUUGAGCUUGCCUUGACCUACUAGCAUGUGAAGUAGUUGUUUAAGAGGAAGAUUCUUUUCAGAAUUGUGUCAUAAUUGGCACUUGAUUGUCAGAAUUGUUUUUUUAAUGUUUACUUUUGAGAGAGACAGACAGAGCAUGAGUGGGGGAGGGGCAGAGAGAAGAGGGAGACAGGAUCCUAAGCAGGCUCCAGGCUCCAGACUCUGAGCUGUCAGCACAGAGGCCAACACGGGGCUCGAACCCAUGAACUGAGAACCUGAGCCGAAGUUGGAUGCUUAACCAACUGAGCCACCCAGGCAUCCUGAUUGCCAGAAUUGUUGUGGUCCAAUCAGCAGACCAUAUUGGUCAUGUUCGGAGUUUGACCUGAAUGAGAUUCGCCUGAUAGUUUACCAGGACUGUGAGAGAAGAGGAAGACAAGUCUUAUUUGAUUCUAAAGCGGUUCACAAGAUUGAAGAGGUAGCAACUCAGAAAACAGAGGAUGUGUCUCUUAAAAUGUCAGCCAAGUGCUGUCAAGGAAGCGGCGGCGGCGGCAGCAGCAGCAGCACCAGCACCUCUUCCCAUAGUUCUUCCGGGGCAUCUUUACAACAUGCUAAGGAGCAGCUUCCAAAGUACCAGUACACAAGACCCGCUUCUGAUGUCAACAUGUUAGGGGAAAUGAUGUUUGGCUCGGUUGCAAUGAGUUACAAAGGCUCCACUUUAAAGAUACACUAUAUACGUUCUCCUCCACAGCUGAUGAUUAGUAAGGUGUUCUCAGCUAGAAUGGGCAGCUUCUGUGGGAGUACAAAUAACUUACAAGACAGCUUUGAAUACAUCCACCAGGAUCCUAAUUUGGGAAAACUCAACACAAAUCAGAAUAACUUGGGUCCUUGUCGUACUGGAAGUAACCUAGGUCUGCUGCAAGCAUGCGGCAGCAAACUGCUACAGGGCGUAGCUGAAGGAGGACCUCUCCGGCUCACCCGGAGCGCUUCUUUCUUUGCAGCACAUAGCACUCCAGUUGACAUGCCAAGCAGAGGACAGAAUGAAGACCGGGACAGCGGUAUUGCUAGAUCAGCCUCACUUAGCAGCCUUUUGAUUACGCCUUUUCCAUCUCCAAGCUCCUCCACAUCCUCUUCCAGUAGUUACCAGCGCCGCUGGCUUCGAAGUCAGACAACAAGUUUGGAAAAUGGCAUCAUUCCAAGGAGGUCAACUGAUGAAACAUUCAGCCUGGCUGAAGAAACCUGUAGUUCUAAUCCGGCCAUAGUUCGGAGGAAGAAAAUUGCCAUAAGCAUCAUCUUUUCUCUGUGUGAGAAAGAAGAAGCACAAAGGAAUUUCCAGGACUUCUUUUUUUCUCAUUUCCCCCUUUUUGAGUCUCACAUGAACAGGCUGAAGAGUGCAAUUGAAAAGGCCAUGAUCUCCUGCAGGAAGAUAGCAGAAUCAAGUCUCCGUGUCCAGUUUUAUGUCAGCCGUCUGAUGGAAGCUCUGGGAGAAUUCAGAGGAACUAUCUGGAACUUAUAUUCCGUUCCAAGGAUAGCUGAACCCGUAUGGCUUACCAUGAUGUCCAGCACCUUGGAAAAAACCCAGCUCUGCCAGCGCUUUCUCAAGGAGUUUACACUUCUGAUAGAACAGAUCAACAAAAAUCAGUUUUUUGCUGCCUUACUGACUGCAGUGUUAACCUACCACCUGGCCUGGGUACCGACUGUCAUGCCUGUUGAUCACCCUCCCAUUAAAGCCUUCUCAGAGAAACGCACCUCUCAGUCAGUGAACACGCUGGCCAAAACACAUCCAUAUAAUCCUCUCUGGGCACAGCUGGGUGAUCUUUACGGAGCCAUUGGCUCUCCAGUGAGGCUGACUCGCACGGUGGUGCUGGGGAAGCAGAAGGAUCUGGUCCAACGCAUACUUUAUGUCCUGACCUACUUUCUCCGUUGCUCUGAGCUGCAAGAGAAUCAGCUGACCUGGAGUGGGAGUCACAGUGAAGGGGACCAAGUGUUAAAUGGGAGCAACAUCACCACAGCCUUGGAGAGGGGAGAAGUAGAGGAGUCUGAGUAUGUGGUUGUCACAGUGAGAAGUGAGCCUGCUCUGCUUCCCCCCAUCCUGCCACCCUCGAUGGCUGAGGGAAGGAGCCCCAGGCCUGAGGGGCUGGGUGUGUCCCCAGAGGGCACUGACAUUAGAGACCUGUGUCCCAAACCUGACAAAGAAGGAAACAAAAGGGCGGAGCAGAGUUCUCAAGUCUGCGGUGUGGAAUUCCAAGAGUCAGCAUCGGGCAGCUCCUGGAAGUCUCAGGGUGCAUUUUGUGGGGAGGAAGAAAGUGAAAAAGAGGCACCGCGAGAUGACUCUUCAAGACUCUCCAACUGUGAAGGGUUGGGGGCAGGAGUGAAGAUCGGCCAGCGAACUGUCAGUGAAGAGUUGAAAGGGGAGAUGCCCAAGAAACUCUCAGACCGGUCAGCAGCCUGGCCUUGCCCUGACGGACAUUCCUGGCAGAAGCCUCCCUUAGAAAAGGUCACUUUCCAAAUUGGAAGCUCCGUAUCUCCAGAGUCUGACUUUGAAAGCCGCACACAAAAAAUGGAGAAGCGGCUAAUGGCCUGUAGACAGUAUCCAGAGUUAGCCUGCCAUCCCUCAGUGGAGUCUGGGAUGGCCGCUGACCUGGCUCAGGACCAGCAGGCUUCUCGGUGCUCCUUUACACCUGGCUUCCAAAAGAACAUCCCCUGUCCUCAGAACCCGUCUUCUGAGAGGGAUGAAGGUGAACUUGAGAGGGGUUUUGCUGAGGACAGAGGCGUCAGAAGCGAGCUUGUGGCAGAUGCCGCUGGGCAGCCCGGCCAGUGUGCUGACACGUUGGCACCUGAUGGCGGUGCCGCAGGAGCCGAAACGAGGAUUCUGGAGAAAACAAGAGGUUUGUAUCUGAAGGCUGCGGAGGGACCUUUGAUACAGCCUGUUCCAAGCAGGUGUGCACAGCAGGACUCUGGCUUCUCAGGCGCUGCAGAUGUCCCCUGUGGGGAUGCUGACAGGAAGGCCAACUUCAGGAUGGAAGGAGACAUUCCCAGGAAUGAAAGCUCAGAUAGCGCUCUUGGAGACAGUGACGAGGAGGCGUGUGCUUCCGCCUCGCUGAAUCUAGAGCACAGCAAUGACUGGACUGAAGGAUCCUUGGAAGUGGAGCUGCCUCUGCCCAGGUCUCAGAGCAUUAGCAACACAAAUGUAAGAAACUUUGGCCGCUCACUUCUGGCGGGUUAUUGCCCCACGUACGUGCCUGAUCUGGUGCUUCAUGGGACCAGCAGCGAUGAGAAGCUGAAGCAGUGUCUGGUGGCCGAUCUGGUCCACACAGUCCAUCAUCCAGUGCUUGAUGAGCCGAUAGCUGAAGCUGUCUGUAUUAUCGCAGACACGGAUAAGUGGAGUGUCCAGGUAGCCACAAGUCAGAGGAAAGUGACGGACAGCAUGAAACUGGGCCAGGAGGUCUUGGUCUCUAGUCAGGUGUCCAGUUUACUUCACUCCAUUUUACAGCUUUACAAGCUUCACCUCCCUGCUGAUUUUUGCAUCAUGCAUCUUGAAGACAGACUACAGGAGAUGUACCUGAAAAGUAAGAUGCUGUCUGAGUAUCUGCGUGGUCACACACGAGUCCAUGUGAAAGAAUUAGGUGUCGUCCUGGGGAUUGAAUCAAACGACCUGCCUCUGUUGACUGCUAUUGCCAGUACUCAUUCUCCUUACGUCGCUCAGAUACUCUUAUAAGCUAAAGCUCAGGACAGUUCUUCCUUGGAAGAAAAAAAAAAAAAUCAGAUUCUCAACCGGAGGCGAAAGGAGAAAGCUCUCUGUGACGUCAAAAGCAUGAGAAGAGCAAACAGAAACCGUCAUUCCACUGCUUUUGUUUUGUUUCGUUUCGUUUCGUUUCGUUGCUUCAAGUGGAUGCCUCGUUGGACGACUUAGGUUUACUUGACAUAAUGGCAUUUGUGUUUUUCAAGAAUACUUUUGGCCUUUUGUUACCCAUGAAUCAACAGAGAGAGUGACUUUUUUGGUAGGAGAAGACAUAAACACUACACUAAACACUAAGCUGUCGGUCCAGAGCGCCUGUGUGUUUGGGCAGAAUAACGACAAGCGACUUUGGAGCAGGGGUAACCAGUGUACGUACCAUUCCAGUAGGAGAAUGUUUCAGAGUUUAGGCGUGAGCUCUCCAAAUGGGAGAAAGUGUAACUUGCUAUCCUAAGACAGUCAGAACAAGGUGUCUGGAUUCCAGGGCAGGGUUUGCUUUUGACAAAAGGUGAAAGAAAGCAAGCCGCAUUGUGCCGUCUUCCCGUCUGGUGGCCAUAGGAGUUACCGCCUGACGCCAAACAGGAAAGAGGAUCGACCGUUGGGAAGAGAGUGCUUUAGGGACCCACUGUUUUCACAUCUUCUUGGAGUUUACCUUGUUGCAGAUGCAGCCACAGGUAGGUUAGAGAUGGAUUGUUGGUGCAAUAAACCCAGGAAUCAAUGUAGCAUCUUAAUCUCAUCAAGAUGUAGUUCAUAGCUGCAGAGUGCACAGUCUGAUACCAUAUAUUUUAUCCUCAUACUUUAGAGCUUUCAGCGGCCUUUUUAAGAGAGGCCAUUUACCAAAGUUAUUUCUAUGAGCUCAAGAGUGUUUCUGUUGCUAAAUUCUUCCAGCCGAAGCCACUUUCUUCCUAAAUAGUUAAUACAAAUGACUAUUUCUACUUUAAAAGGCACAGCUGGCCUGGUGGGAAAUGAAACCUGCAACAGUUCAGGAUGACUAAUGAAAGUAAUUAGUUUGUACAUUUAUAAACAAUCCAUAAAUGAUCUAAAUUUUUACAUUAUCAUCUCUGUGCCUUCUAAUGCCUAAGCCCUUUUCAAAACACCUCUCCAGAAACUAAUUUACCCAUUAUAAAAUCUGCCACAAUGAAGGAUUGUUUAUUAGCAUAGUUCACUUUAAAAAAAAAAAAACACCUUUAAUUUUUUGUUAAUGUAAAAGGAACUUUACUUAGUGUACUGGUCAUGAACUCUGACCAUGUCAGAGUGUGUCCCAACAUCCAAGGUAAAGGAAGAGAGUUUAAAAAUAUUGAUUGUUAAAAGACCGGUGCUAAUCUAGCCAAUCAGAAGAUUGUCAGCACCUUGCAGAUCUUGAAUACAGUUGAUUAUAACCAGGCUCUCAUUUCCUUAACACUAUUUUAUAAAUUAAUUCCAGCCUUUUUCAUGCAUCCAUUUGUACCCAAGAUUAUGAAGUAACUUUCCUUCUAGGGCUUAGAAUGACUUCAGAUUUUUUAUUUGAUACAGUCCCGAUUCUGAACACCAAGUGACAUAAAUGUGUUUCUUCUUUUACAAAUGCAAGUUCAUUAUGCAAGUACCAAUGGAGAAAAAUGGGUGUAAUAAUUCUUUAGGAUUAGGUCAGAACUGCUACCUUUUCUUCUCUCUCUCUUUUUUAUGAUGUGAAAUGUAGGUGGGUGCAUUAAGGCUCUUAAUAAGAUCUUUAAUUUUUAUUCUAUAUCUUUCUUUCGUAAGAUUGAAGUUUUCCAGCCUUUUUAUGUUUUUCUCAUCCCUUUCGUCUAACAUCUGAGUUUGGUGUUCUAAAGUCUCUGUCCAUGAUGUCACUGCUUGUUGUUAUGUUACCCAGAGAAUGAACCUCACCUGUGGCUCAGCUCACUCAUCAUUUGUUUCUCGUUAUGUGUGAAUAAAUUAUAAUAGCUGACAUUGUAUCAUUUCCAUCUGCACCAGUUUAGAGUAUUCCCCUCAUCUCUAUUUCCCUUUUCCUUGUUUACACGUUUUGAGCACUUUCCCUCAUCCACCACCUUCCACGGUUUCGUAGAAAAUAACUAGAUACAGAACCAGUUUCAUUCAAAAUGUGUACGUAGUGGCAUGUUGAAAAUUAGACCCACAUAGGGGGAAAUUGGGCUUUAAAUGGCUGAUUCUAAACUCCAUACAUAAAAAUUUAGCCCAGUUGUCUCAAAGCCUGAGAAAAUUUAAUUUGCCUCUUAAUCUACUGUUCUAAAACUCUCUCUUGGAAAAUGUCUGUUGGAAACUACAGGUGGGUCACAUGUGGGGGUUGUCUCAGUGACACUCAGGAUUCCAGUCAGAACCUAAUCCUCACAUCUAUUGCCUACAAAAACAGACCAAGAAUGUUGCUGCUCUUUUAUAAUCCUCCUCUAAAUAACAUUCAAGUUUUCUUUGUCUUAAAUUCAGCCUCUUCCCAAAAGUGGAAAAGAAAAAACUCUCAUGGAAUUGUGUUGAGAUACACCCACUCACACCACCCAGUGGCUUCAUUCUGUCUUAGCCCAAGAGGCAAGAAAGGGAUCCCACCCUCUCCCAAUACCCACUUCAAGAAAAAAUUAAAAUUAAAAAACAAAAAAAAAGAAAAAAAAAAGAAAAGAAAACUACCUCAGUUGACAGGAUUCCACCUUUAGAGUUUCUUCAACUUUUAAGUCUUACCUGUUGAGUGUAACUUUUGUAGCAUCUUGCUUUUUUAAGCAAGCUAGUGAGGCAUGACAGAGCAGAAGUGUGUAAAUGUUACUGUGAUGGACCUCUUUCUAGCAUGUUGCAGUUUUAUUUUUAAUAGAUCGACGAGUGAUAUGAAUGUAAAGAUAAUUGUGUACGUUUAAACAUGACAAUGAAAAUUUAAAAUGUAGCUUCCAUACUUGUGCAUAAUUCCAAAGUAUUUUAUUUUUAUCAGUGUUAAAUAGCUUUUUGUACAGGCUUCAAUCCAUUUUUCUGAAGUGUGCUGUUUUUUAAUAAAAGUAACUAUAAUCUUUUCACAUCCCAUGGAACUGCCGUUUACACAUCGCAACUUUUUAAACUUAACCAUAUUUUUCAAAAGUAACUUUUUUGGAGGGAGGAAAGUCCCUGCUUGCUAAGUGACACUAAACUGUCGUUUAGGCUCUUAUAAUUAGGUCCUGAGAUUUUAUAAAAAUUUAGUCUGUAGCUUUUUAGGUUCUUCACUAGAGUUGGUUGUACAUAAAAAUAAAGAAUAUAAAGCGGCCCUAAAAUUCUUUUAAAUGUCUGGAUUUUCCCACUAAUAUGUACUUUUGAAAGUAUUUUGUUCAUGCAUACUUUCACCAUUAAAUUGAAAAAGUCUUUAGCUUCUCUUGAUAAAUGUGAACCAUUUGUUUUUUUAUUGUGCUGUGGGGGAGGGGAUAUUUUAAUAUAAUAUUUGCCUAAAUCAAGCAGCCCCCAUCUGAGUGUUAAUUUUUAAAUGUCAGAAGUUUGGUGACUAUAUAUCUUGGGAGCAAGGUUGCAAUAUGCUUACAUUUAAGUGGUGUUUAAAAAAGGAGAAAAUUCUGGGAUUUGUUAUUAUUGAAGCUCCGGUAAGACAAAUUGAUAGGUCUUUAUAUUUUUGAUCAGGUAAAUAGAUAUCAGUGUCAAUGUAUAGAAAUUUUUUCUUAAAACUUGUUCAUGUAUUAUUUUGAUCCAUUUUUCUGUGGCAUUUGGUGCAAUAAACCUUUUGAAUUUAUCUUGAA